CAUCGGCCUCUGCGCUCAGGAUCGCAGCACUUCCUCCUCCUCGUCCAGCAUCUUAUAAGCCCUCCGCAGUGACUAUACCGCAAUGUCUGACUCAACGGAACCUCUCUUCGCUCCUUUUGAGCCUUUCGGUCAGGAGUACUCCAAACAACACCAACAAGGCCUCGACUUUGCGUCGUUUCACUCGCCUUCAGACAUCCUCGCGCCCCAUCCAGAUCUCUUCGAAUUAGAACUUGACUCCAGCCUUGCUGCCUUCAACGAAGUCCAGCUCCAGCUUCUCACAGUUGACUCAAACGACGCGUUCUCCUUCCUCAGAUCCGACACUCCCACCUGUGGCCCCCCCUCCACUAUCACACAGUCGUCUGAAUCGGCGUACGAAUCUCUCUCGUCGCAUUCCGAGUCCUUCUAUAACUACAGCGACUCCUACGCUGCAUCCAAUUGCUCAUUCCCCCUUGACUUGGAAAUGGACUUCCAGCGAAUCCGUGUCCAAAGUGGUCGCUCUGACUACGGUGGAGUUGCUGCGGCACAGCCACCCUCCGCUGCCUUAACUGUGGACCCCAGCUCUUUCAAUGCCCUUCCCACAAGCCCACGCAACUCCACUCCCGCCGCGGACAAUGCUUAUAAGCGCAACAGCUUCUCCGACUAUGGAGGUGCCCGCAUCCCCCCUGUCCCCAAGUCAUCAUCCGCGGAGUAUUAUGGGCUCAACUACGAAGUCAGAGCUCGGGAUGCUACCCCGUCAUCCACGGUUUCACAGCUCCCGUCUGCGGCUGCUCCGCAAGCGCGUUCCGUCCGAGAUGCUGAGGAACACUCCUCUGAAGACCUUCGCAAGAGGUACAAGUGCCCCUCGUGCCCUCGAUCUUUCGCUCGCGCCUACAACUUGAAAACACACAUGGCCACCCAUGACCCCAACAGGCUUAAGCCUCAUGUUUGCCCUCACCGCUCCUGCGGCCGUUCUUUCAGCCGCAAGCAUGAUCUUGGUCGCCAUCUCGUCAGCAUCCACCGCGACGAGUCCAUCACCUCCACCCACUCUGCCAAAUCCGUUGGUGUCGAGAAGAGUCUUCGUGGUUGGUGCGACAAUUGUGGCAAGGGAUGGAUUGGGAAGCCUGCCGAGUGCGCCUGUGUUGCUGAGGUUAAGUAAUCCUCCAAUGCCUGUGUGAGAAUGAAUUAUAUGAACUUUGGGGCGAAUAUCUCGCUAAUCACGCCGCGCAGCUGGAGGUCAUAUCGUCGACAUUUGUCACCUAUGGCGUGGUGACCUUCCGUCUAUGCGCUCUUCUUUCAUUCGAUGUGUUAUGUUCCGUACCGUUUGGCCAGAGUCGCGCAAACCCAGAGACGGGCAUGAUCUCGAGAAUGAUUUUAACGUUUCCUUCCACUGGCUUCCCGGUGUUCUGACAAUUAGCUACGUUUCCUAUUGUUAACGUAUGUGUAUUUUCCUUAUUACGGCCAUGUUUUGCUCCACGUACUUUGGACUUAUUUAUCUCUCCAAAUUAUACAUUGAACCAAUAUUCAAGAAUUCCAGGAACCGAAUAUACACGCUUUGGUUUGAC